CUCUCUCUCUCUCUCUUGUAAAAGUGAAAUAAAAAGCUUACCUCACUCUGUGCUCCCCCUGAAACACCAUUUUCAAUUUCUGUCAACACAUCCAUCAAAGGGAGUGCAAAGGGUCUCUCUUUUUUAGUUUUAUCUCAAGAGAGAGCUAAACUACUCCUCCCCUAUAAAAGAAACAAAACCAUAAAGCUCACACUCGUCUCUCAAGAUUCUUUCUUCUUCUUCUUCUCUCUCUUUCUCUCUCCAUAACCAUGGAUGCUCUCAAUUUUCUCAGGUUUUGGAAACCUAGCUAUGGCGCUCAUAAAGAGAACCGAAACCAACCUUGUUGUGGAAACAGCGGUACCGCCGAGGUUCCAAAGUCUUCAGUUGUUUCAGACCAUGAGUUGGAUGAAGGGGAGGACUCUUUCAUCGACUUGGAGCUUCCUUUGCAUGAGUUUGAUAACAAGGGAGAUCUCCACAGCAACAACAGUGAAGAGAACGGUGUCAGAGCCAAGAAAAGAUAUGACUCCAGAGAAGAUAGAGUACUCCAGGAAUCGGCUAAGAAUGUUGGUGAUAAAGACCUCGACUUGCCACAGCAAACUCGUUCCUUGUCCCCCAACGAUCACUUCUCCAAAAGAAAGAUCAUGCCCAUUGAGCCAAGCUCCAAGCCUCAGUCUCCCAUAGCCCUGUUAAAAUCGGCUCCGAAAUUUCGAGUCUUUACUCUCAAGAAGUCAAAGUCAAUGGCAAAUGCUAAUACUUACAGAGCUGAGAAAACAGAGUUCAUCGGUAUUUCUAUGGAGACCCCAAAGCGUGAGAACCAAGGCAGCAGCAAGCAUUUGAAAGUAACAUUCAAAAUAGAAGAGUCUCCGAACCUCCCAAUCUUCACCAGAGAAAAUAGUUUGAGAAAGACAAAAGGCAAAACGGAGGACUCUUUAUCAGACGAUUCCUCAAAGAGAUUAUCAAAAGAUCUGAUACAAAAAUACUUGAAUAUAAUCAAGCCAUUGUACGUAAAAGUCUCCAAAAGGAACAGUCAAAGUGACAAGACAAAAGCCUCGGGUGACUUAUCAAUAUCAUCUCCAGCUGCUUCUCCGGCAACGGUAUAUUCCUUGAAGGAGAAGCAAGGGAAUCAUUCAACAGGAGUUAGAGGGGUUUGCAAGCACUUGGGGAAGAGCAGAUCAGCCUCGGCUGCAGCAUCGCCAAUUAGUAGGAGAGACGAUUCGCUGGUACUGCAACAUGAUGGGAUCCAAAGCGCCAUUUUGCAUUGCAAGAGAUCUUUCAAUUCAUCAGGCGAAUCUUCAUGGUUGUCGAGAUGUACAAGUGAUUCUUCACAAGAGAAGUUAAGCAAUGCAUCUUCUACAGAUUCUUCUCUUUUGUCACGAGUUACAAGCAAUUCUUCAUACGAUAAACUGAUGGAUUCCUCAAGAAUAUACAGCGAAGAAGGAAAUGUUUUCAGCACCUGAAGUACUAGAACACGCGGGAAAAAAAAAUGUUGUUAAUCAAAGCUAUAGAAGGAAAACAUUGGAUAGAGACUUCGAUUUUUAUUAUCAGGAUGAUGUAAAAAAAAAUGAAAGGGAAAAAAGGAGAAAAAAAGGAAUUUAGGGAGGCUAGGAUUGUUGUUUGAUUGUUUAGCUAUGAUGAGCAGUGAGUAGAGUAGGUUCACUUGUAAAGUUAUGGGUCAUUAUGAAAAAUUUGAAAGGAACUCUGAUUUGGAUUUUUUUUGUUGUGCGACUGUGUGUGUCUUGUAUCUCUGCAGUUAAGCAUUAUGCUACCUUUGAAAGGUGAGCUGUUCAUAUCAAAGAUGUGAUCAUUUCUGGAUUUGAAGGA